UUAUUUUUUAUAUAAAUGUCAUUUUAAUUAUGUUUUUUGCCAAGUUAAUACGUGAUUAUUGAUCUGAAAGGAAUUUUAUACUCACAAAUUUAAACUGAUUUACCCGUAGAGUGUGUCAUUAAUUACAUCUAAGUUAUCUGUAUCUAUACUACAAAUUACAAGUGGCAUAAAAAAUAUUAAUAAAAACAUGGGCACUUACCUGAAACACAUACACGUACUUGAAAGUUGUUGGAAAAUUGUAAAAGAUAAUAUAACUUUUGUAAGGAUUCAUGGAUCUACAGUACAAGAGAUAGCGCAUGAUGUAGAUCUGACCAAUAAGACAUGUCUUAUCACUGGAGCAAACAGUGGUAUAGGGUUGGAGAUGACCAAAUGUCUAAAUUGUAAUGGUUGUAACGUGCUAAUGGCGUGUCGAAACAGUUAUGCAGCAAGCAGUGUCAUGAAGUAUCUCGUAGAGAAGAAUGGCCUGCUGCGAUUUUACGAAAUCAACCUGGCUUCACUUAAGUCAGUUAAGAAUUGCAGUGUUGAAAUACUGGAAAAUGAAAAGAAAAUUGAUAUCGUACUUUUAAAUGCUGGAGUAUUCGGUUUGCCGUGGACUCUAACAGAAGACGGACUAGAAACAACAUUUCAAGUCAACUACCUCAGUCAGAUCUACUUGUUAAUGAAUAUUGAAAAACUGCUUACGUCUGAUGCAAGGGUAGUGUUUGUGACAUCGGAAUCACAUCGUAAUGUAAAUUGGACUGUACAUAAUUCGUUGGCGCCGACUGAAGAUCUCAUUUCACUUCCGAAAAACCAGUAUACUUCUGUAAAAGCGUACAACAUAUCUAAGCUAUGUGGUAUUCUGGCAAUGCAUUAUUUGGGCUAUCGAUGGUUGAACACUGGCAAAGCAGUGUUCUGUGCACAUCCUGGCUCUUUUGUUAGGACUAGACUAUGUCGCAACUGGUGGACCUAUGAAGCGCUUUAUAUGUUAAUGAAGCCCUUUUCCAAAUCUGUUAGUCAAGCUGCUAGCACCCCAAUUUAUUGUGCUACUUCACCAGAACUGAAAGGUUUGUCCGCACUAUAUUACAAAGACUGUGAACGGUGCGAAGAAAGUGAUCUAGCGAAAGAUCUCCACCUUUCCUUCAGAAUGCAUGAUCUAACACAGGAUAUGUUACGAGAACGAGUCAAGUCAAUAGAUGAUUCGUUUAAUAUGCAACGCAAAUCUGCCAACUUUGCAAGAGAAUUAAAGGAAGUUGAUAAUAAUGUUAUUUCAAACUACACAGGUUAAUUGUACCUACUCAAUAGAUAACUUAUAUUAGAAUGAUGUCUCUUUAAUCUUGUCAAUGUUCUUGAUAUCUAUAUUGAUUUCUGGAAUAAAAUGAAACUAUUU